AUGAGCCCGAUCCUUCUCCUCCUCUGUUUCUUCCUCGCUGAUCUCGUCCAUGGAUCGUCUCCUCCCCUUGAUGCCUCAAGGGUCGUUCCUCCAGCAAGCCCCAGACCCUCCAACUCGCUGUUUGACGCCCUGUUCGCCCCAUGCUGCAACGCCAGCGCAUGGUUGAUCCCAGCCAUUUCCUCGCAGUGCUUCGGGCAGUUCGUAAGGGAGAGCACGAGCUCGUUGGACGAGUGUCAGAUUGGGGUCCUGGUGGAGCAGGCCAAGGAAAACCUCGUCAGAGUCCUGACGGAGCAGCAUGAGCUAGAGGCCAAGAUCGAGCGGAAAACCAACCACACAGCAUCCCUGACGCAGGAGCGCGCGCGGGUCGAGCAGCUCGUGCGGGACCUUCGCGCCGUCGCUGCUGUGCAGGGCUCGGGGGCACAGUCUGCGCAUCCUGCGAUCCUGCGAGAGCUGCUGUCUGAAGAGUCCCGCCUCCCCCUCCUCGCCGAGCAGAUCGCCAAGAAGUGCUCGCAGAUCGAGCAGCUGAAAGAGACGCUGGACGACUGCAGGGGGAGGGCGGAGAAGGCGAGGGAGGACAUGAGGUCCCUCCUCCGGGAGAUCCCGGAGAACUCAACGCUGUUCAACGAGACGAACUUGACUUCUAACAUGGACUUCUCCGUGCUCUUCGACCGUAUCGCCCCCAAAGCGUCGGAGAGGAGGAUCAACUUGCGCAAGGUUGUCAAGGAGGUCUUCUCGCCCAGGAGCCUCGUCCUGCUGGGCACUGCGCUCCUGCUGGGGCACAACAUGAAGGGGCAUAAGGAAGGCGAGCAUCGGGACAAGGAGGAGAGAGGAAGGGAGGGAGGAACCUUGCGAGAUAGGUGGCGUAGGGCUGAUCGGGUGACCGCAGCGUCCUCCGAUCAGCGGCGCCUCCUCCCCGAGCAUGUGGGGCGAACUCUCCUGCUGUUGAGGCCUGUGCUGAGCUCCGCGAGGAUGCUUGCUGAGCUCCUGCUCUUGGUGCACGACCGAGUGAUCACGCGCAAGUUCUACCAGGCGAAAGUUUUGAUCGACCUGAUCGGAUCGAGGUUGAGCUCCAAGCAGACGCCAGCAUGGAAGGGCUCGGCAGAGGUUUCCUCCUCCUCGCCCCUCGCGUCCGACACCGAGUUCUUCAACGGCCUCAUCCGCUCCCUGUGGAGGGGGCCAGUUGGGCAGAUGCUGGAGUCAGAGAUUGCUCUGUCGCUUCAGACAUCUCUCGCUCAGCUCGAUGGGUUCGCAUCGUUGAGGGUACAAGAAGUCAACCUCUCUACUCGAUCCCCGUGGAUCAGAGAGCUCAAGCUGCUCACGACCAAGUCAGACCAGGAGAUCCAGCUUCUGUGCGUGCUGCGAUGGGUGAUGGAGGAGGGAGGAGGCUUUGAGAUCAAGGGCUUCCUCAAACCCGCCUACAUCCCCACUAGGCUCCGCCUCCAUGGGUUUGAUCUCGAAUUCCCCAUGUGGUGUCGGGUGCGCCUGAAGCCCAAGGUAUCUCCCUCGAAGCUCGCUGACCCCAGCAGUGCCAUCCAAGAGUCUCCCAUCACCUCGGUAGCCAUCGCUGCUCUGUCGCCCCCCAAGACCAGGUUCGACGUGUCGCUGCAUGGCUCCAAAGUCUCUGCCAUCCCCGGGCUGAAGGAGGCGCUUCAGUUCUCCAUCGGGCACAUGUGGAAGGACGUGCUGGUGCUCCCGAACAUGGUCGAGCUCCUCCUCUCCCCCGAUCAGCUGGUCGUCAGCGAGCCCGAGGCUGUUGGUGUGCUGAGGUUGCGCAUUGUGCAAGCUGUGGAGCUCGUGGCGUCGGACUGGGACACAGGGCAGUCAGACCCCUACGUGAAGAUCACGCUACAUGCUGCAGGACGUGAGCCGCAGGUCAGGAAGACCAAGACCUUGGAAGCCACGUGCUUUCCAGUCUUCAACGAGCAGUUUGAGAUGUUUGUCUUCAACGAGGAUGCGGAUAAGAUCGAGAUGUCAGUGUGGGAUCAUGACACCUUCACCUCCCACGACUUCCUGGGCAAGUGUGAAAUCAACCUGAAGAAGUUUCUCAAGCAGCAGGGAGGGAGGUACGGCACGUGGAUCAACCAGUGGAAAAAGUUGGAGGGCUUGCGAGAUUGUAAAUCUCAAAUCCAGUUCGAGCUCUGGUAUGACCGCUUUGCCCCGGACGUGCCGUCCUGCACCCGAUAUGAAAGGUGA